AUGUCUUCCGCGACUAUCACCAAAACAAACAUUGGUGUCUACACCAACCCCAACCACGAUCUGUGGAUUGCGGAGGCCACCCCAAAAGUAGAGGAUGUUCAGUCAGGAAAGGGUCUACAGCCAGGUCAGGUUACCAUUGAAGUACGAAGCACCGGUAUUUGCGGCUCCGAUGUCCACUUCUGGCACGCAGGCUGCAUCGGUCCCAUGAUCGUCACAGGCGAUCACAUCCUCGGCCACGAAUCUGCCGGCCAGAUCGUCUCCGUCGCGCCCGACGUUACCUCCCUUAAGGUCGGCGACCGUGUCGCCAUCGAGCCGAACAUCAUCUGCAACGCCUGUGAGCCAUGUUUGACAGGUCGCUACAACGGAUGCGACAAGGUCGACUUUUUAUCUACCCCGCCCGUCGACGGUCUGCUCCGUCGGUACGUGAACCACCCCGCCAUCUGGUGCCACAAGAUUGGCGACAUGAGCUAUGAAGACGGUGCCCUUUUGGAACCAUUAAGUGUGACCCUGGCGGCUGUGGAACGCAGCGGGCUGCGUCUCGGUGACGCGUUACUUAUCACCGGAGCUGGUCCGAUCGGUCUGAUUAGUUUGCUCAGUGCCCGUGCGGCUGGUGCCUGUCCCAUUGUCAUUACUGAUAUUGAUGAGGGUCGUCUGGCCUUUGCUAAGAGUCUGGUACCCGAGGUGCGCACCUACAAGGUGGAGAUUGGAAAGUCGGCCGAGGAGUGUGCCGAGGGUAUCAUCAAUGCCUUGAACGAUGGCCAGGGCUCUGGUCCGAAUGCGCUGCGCCCCAAGCUGGCUUUGGAGUGCACUGGAGUCGAGAGCAGUGUCAACUCGGCCAUCUGGAGUGUGAAAUUCGGUGGCAAGGUUUUCAUCAUUGGUGUUGGCAAGAAUGAGAUGACCAUUCCCUUCAUGCGUCUCAGCACCCAGGAGAUCGACCUCCAGUACCAGUACCGUUACUGCAACACCUGGCCCCGUGCCAUUCGCUUGGUGCAAAACGGUGUCAUUGACCUGCGCAAGCUGGUGACCCACCGCUUCGCCAUCGAGGAUGCUCUGAAGGCGUUCGAGACCGCUGCCAACCCCAAGACUGGUGCCAUUAAGGUGCAGAUUAUGAGCUCCGAGGAGGAUGUUAAGGCGGCUGAGGCGGGCAAGAGUCUGUAA